UUCUGCAGGUUGAAUCUGCUUUUAAUUCAAAGUCAAGUUUUAAAGGAGUCACAUCUCUGAACAGAGGAGCGGAAGACACACACUCUUGCAGCCGAAAAACAGCUCCUAUUCUCGGAUAUAAACCCCCAGAGGAGCCCGGUCCAGGUUUGACUUGCAGAUUCAGCAUAGCAGCCAACGCCUUUUUGAGAAUAAAUAAGAUAUCCAUUGUGGACACUUUGGGUGCAGACCACACGCUAAUCCUCAACAAAGUUUAUGAAAAGGAGUUGAUAACUGCACGUGAGUACAACAAUCUGAAAAGCAUCAACAAAGAGAACGUGGAGGGCCACGUUGGGGCGUUGGUGGAUACGAUCAUGGACAAAGGAGAGGACAGAUGCCAAGCCUUCCUGAACCUCCUGAAAACUGAUAAGGACAUCCAGGAGACUUACCCUGAGCUGAAGAACAUGCUGGAGAAGGGAAACUGCCUCUUGCCACACCCGGUUCAGGCUUCUUCAGUUGACAACACCGAUAAUCAGCCAGAAAGCCGAAAGGAGGACGAGCAGUACGAGUUGAAGAGCAAGCCCACCGGCCUCUGCCUGAUCAUAAACAACAAACAUUUUGUUAGUGGUAACCCGAGACGUGGAACCGAUAAAGAUGCUGAAAGCUUGGGAAAGGAGUUCACCUUGCUGGGGUUCAGAGUGCUGAUGUGUAAAGACCAAACCAAGGACCAGAUGGAGCGAGCGCUGAAAUGCUUUGCUUCUCAGCGGGGCCUUACUCAGCUGCAGGAGUUCAAGGUCAAGGAGUGGACUGGAAGCAGAUUCACCAAUCUUCUAGAGGCUCCUCAGCAUGGCGAUGCCUUCAUCUGCUGUCUUCUCAGUCACGGAAACAAGGGCGGCGUAUUGGGGACUGAUAAGCUGCCCCUCCCUAUCAAAGAAAUAACGAGAAUCUUCAUGGCAACUGAUCAAUCUCCCCUCACUGCCAAGCCCAAAGUGUUCCUGAUCCAGGCCUGCCAGGGGCACCAGAUACAUCCUAUGGUGGUAUCAGACGAUCUGCAGGCUGAUUACUCUCCCUCGACAUUCAUCCCUCAGGAAGCAGAUAUUCUAGUUCAUAGUUCCACUGUUGAAGAUUAUUUUUCUAUAAGAGACACAGAGGGGAGCUGGUUCAUCCAAUCUGUCUGUAAGCAGCUAAAAGAGGGCUGUGACGGGAAGGAAGAAAUUGAAGUCAUACUCCGCCGCGUGAACAAGGAAGUAGCCGGGAAAGACGGUGUUUUGAGACGUGGUCCGAGCUGUGGUCCGAGCUGUGUUCCGAGCUGUGGUCCGAGCGGUUGUCCGAGCUGUGGUCCAACAACGCAGAUGCCCGAAAUUAGGAACACCCUGAGGAAGCGUCUUGUGUUGACUCAUCGCAACUGAAGCCUCAUCGCCAAAAAUAACGCAACACACAAUACUGUGACGACCCCUGCUUUACUCUCUCCUGGUGUGUGUGUGUGUGUCGGACUCGGGGCUGGCU